GGUUCAGCGCGUAAGGCAGUGUGCUAGUCCGAACCGAAAGCGUCGUUCCGCACACGUAACCGACCGAGCGGUUGCUCAGAAAGCAACACACGACGGCAUAGCAUCGACGCUGUGCGCAAAACAUUACGAUCAAUCCGGUUCAAAACGGACACUAAACGGUACGGUUAGCCCCUGUAGUGUGCCGUAAUUGAGUGUUUGGUAAGCGGCAGUGUCCGGUGAUCUAGUGUCCCGCAGUCGAAAACCUGAACUGCUGUGUGUGUGUUGUUUGUGUACUUGUGUAUGUGUGUAAAAGUGUGUGCAAGUGCUAAAGUAGGUGUAAGCGUUCACUGCCGAACGAGAAGGUCUCUCGAGCCGCACACGCUGUGUGUGUGCAUGUGUGAGUGUGUGUUUGUGUUUGUGUGUGGACCUGCAGUCCUUUCACUUCCUCAUUGCCGGCGCAUAGCGGCGUUCGCUCAGUACACCGCAACUUACAUGGCCGUACCCUGGCAGAGGUCUGGCUGAUCAUUAGACGCGUCCAGCGUAUCGUACCGCGGGCUUUCUAAUUUCGGUGGACACCACCGCGACCAUCGCGACCGUUUUGCACGCGGCGGGAAGCGCGUCCCCAGCAUGAGGAAAUGGAAGCACCCACCACGGGGUGCCACGGACGGUGGCCAAAACAGUCCGGGUGAACACCAACAGCGAUCAACUGCCAGCUACUGCCGCAGCAAGCAACCGCAGCAGCAACCGGCCGGUGGCGCCACCUGGCGCACGGCGGCCACACUGCUUACCGUCGCCAUUACGAUCAACCUCACCUGUGCCGGUGUCAGCAGUCAAGUUUGUGGUCCCCCGGCAGUGCCAGCGAAUGCGCGGGUACACACGGAGAAGGCGACCGACGGCAGCGGAGGGCUCAAGUCGGCCCGGUACGAUUGCGAUCCCGGCUACGAGCUGUUCGGGUCGGAGACGAUCCGUUGCGACCCGGUGAAAGGAUGGGACCGCGAGCUCCCAUUUUGUGGUACGAAUGUGGCGUACCGGAAGCCGGUGAACCAGUCGUCGGCGACGCGGGCCGGGCCGGCCGGGUACGCGAACGAUGGCAAACCGGGCAACCAGAAUCCGGACGGGCAGGAGUGCUCGGAAACGCAGAAGGAGGUGUCCCCGUGGUGGCGGGUAGAUCUGCUCACGCCGGAAGCGGUGCGAGUGGUGCGGAUUACGACGCGCGGCUGCUGCGGCCACCAGCCGCUGCAGGAUCUGGAGAUCCGUGUCGGCAACAGCAGUAGCGAUCUGCAGCGGAAUCCGCUAUGCGCCUGGUACCCGGGCACGGUCGACGAGGGCACCACCAAAUCGUUCACCUGCGCCCGGCCCCUGAUCGGCCAGUACGUGACGGUGCAGCUGGUCGGCGUGGAGAGCAGCCUUAGUCUGUGCGAGGUGGAGGUGUUCUCCAAUGACGAAUUCUCGUCGGACCGGUGCGCCUCGCCGAACCUGAGCGUGGAGACCGUGCUGACGACGUUCGCGAAAACGUGCUACGAGUUCCACAUUACGCGCGGCGAAAGCUUCGACAAGGCGCGGGCUGUCUGCAAAUCGCACGGUGGCGAUCUCAUACACGACUUCCGUGGCGUCACCACCGACUACAUCAUCUCGGAGCUGGAGCGACGCAAGACCGACCUUCGGACGCAGCUCGUGUGGAUCGGGGCGCAAAAGGAGCCGGGCAUCACGUCACGCACCUGGAAGUGGGUUAACGGCGACACGGUACUGAAGCCAACCUGGGGCAAGGAUCAGCCGAACAACUACAACGGCGAGCAGAACUGCGUCGUGCUGGACGGCGGUCGCAGCUGGCUGUGGAACGAUGUGGGCUGCAAUCUCGACUACCUCAACUACAUCUGCCAGCACAAUCCUUUAUCGUGCGGUUCUCCGGAAGCGCUGGUCAACACGACCAUCGUCGGGCGGAACUAUACCGUGGGUGCGAACAUUACCUACCAGUGCCCGGUCGGCCAUUCGCUGAUCGGGGUCGAGAUGCGAACCUGCCAGCAGAAUGGUGUCUGGAGCGGCACUCCACCGGCCUGUAAAUACGUCGACUGUGGUCCGCUGCCGGAGAUUGAGCACGGAGGAAUCAUACUGUCGGAGCAGCGCACCAGCUUCGGCGUGCAGGCCUCGUACACCUGUCACGAGAACUACACGCUGAUCGGUAACGAGAAUCGGACGUGCCAGGCGAGCGGUUGGUCCGGCACGCAGCCCAAAUGUCUAAUCGACUGGUGUCCGGAACCGCCGCCGAUUCAGGGCGGCCGGAUCAAGGUGUCGGGCCGGCGGGCCGGUUCCACCGCCCUGUACACUUGCGACUAUGGCUUCGUGCUGAUCGGCGAGCCGGUCCUGUCGUGCGGGCUGGGCGGCAACUGGACCGGCAAGAUACCGGUCUGCCGGUACGUGGACUGCGGCAUGCCUGCCCGCCCCGACCGAGGCAACAUGCUGCUUCUGAACGAUUCCACCACCGUCGGUUCGGUGGUGCGCUACUUCUGCGACGACGACUACUGGCUGGUCGGGCCGCAGGAGCUCUACUGCACGAAGGAUGGCAAGUGGUCCGGCAGUGCGCCCGCCUGUGAACUGAUCACCUGCGAGACGCCCCACGUGCCGCCCGGUUCGUACGUAAUCGGGUACGACUACAACAUCCACUCUUCGAUCCAGUACCACUGCGAUCCGGGGCACAUACUGCGCGGCGAGGAUACGCUCACCUGCCUGGAGUCGGGCCAGUGGAGCGGCGAUGCGCCCGACUGCGAGUACGUCGACUGCGGCCCGCUCACGCCUAUUCCGUUCGGGUCGCACCGCUACACGCAGAACACCACGUUCCUCGGGUCAGAGGUUGUCUACUCGUGUGCCAACUCGCACCGGCUGGCCGGCGUGAACCGGCGCCUCUGUCUCGACACCGGCCUGUGGAGUGAGACGGCACCGCGCUGCGAGGAGAUCCGCUGCACCGAGCCGACCCUGACGCCGCACAGCUUCGUCAGCGUGACCGGCAACGAUCGCAUGUACGGUCGCACGCUGAUCCGCACGUCGGACGCGACGGUCAGCGGUGCCCAGACGUUCCGGGUCGGUGCGCUUGCCAAGUAUCGGUGCGAGCGCGGCUACAAGAUCGUCGGUGAGGCGCUGAUCACCUGCGAGGAGAACGGGCUGUGGAGUGGCGAAAUACCGGAGUGUGUCUACGUUGACUGCGAGAUGCCACAGAAUGUUACGCACGGCAAGGUGACGCUGGCCACCAACGCGACCUACUACGGUGCGGCAGCACUGUACGAGUGCGACGGCAACUUCAAGCUGGACGGUGUGUCGCGCCGGCUCUGCCUCGAGGACGGCACCUGGAGCCACGAGACGCCCGCGUGCGUCGAAAUCACGUGCAACGAGAUGAACGUGUCCGAUGCGCUGCUGGUCAGCUACGGCAGCCGGCGGGUGGGCGUGCAGGCCGAGUUCAGCUGCAGUAAGGGCCGGUACAUGGUCGGGAAUGGGACGCGCACCUGCCUGCCGACUGGGCACUGGUCGGGCAGGAAUCCAGUGUGCAAGCUGAUCGACUGUGGCCGCCCGGCGGACAUCGAGAAUGGACGGGUCAUCGUGGUAAACGAAUCGACCGUGUACGGCGGUUCGGCGGAGUAUCAUUGCGUGCCGCACUAUAAUCGAAUCGGGCCCUACCUGCGCAAAUGUAUGGACGAUGGCAAAUGGAGUGGCGAGGAGCCACGGUGUGAAUUGAUCGUAAACGAUGCGCAGGAGACGAACAGUCUCGGCACCGGGAUCGCGAUCGGUGCCGCCAUCAUCGUCAUCCUGCUCAUCCUGAUCGGCGUGCUGUUUCUGCACCGCAACAAGGCGCGCCCGGUGAAGAACACCGAGAACGUGCAGGCGGCCGAACACAAGGAGGACCAGAAUGCGGCCGUCAUGUCGUACUCGAGCCUGGAGAACGGGCGGCACAACUUCGAUCUGACCAACCGGGGCGGCGGGCUGGUCACGUUCAACACGUUCCACCAGUCCGGGGCGGGGCACCAUCCGCCCCCGCCAAGCCAGCUGACGCACCACAACAACAACAACCAUCUUAGCAGUAGCAACAACAACACUACCAGCUCGCGUACCGGCAGCGAGAACAUCUACGACCAAAUACCGAGCGAACAGUUCUACGACGCACCUUACGAGAUGCGGACGAACGAGGAGGUGUACGAGCCGGAACCGACCAGCCGCGGCAACAUCAUCACCAUCAAUGGCGUGAGCGUCCGGUGAACGGUCCGCCGCCCGCCGGGCCUUCCCUCGCCCGCAGAGUUCCUUGAGCAGAAGCAGAGAAGAAAAACCUGGAGAAGCAGGCGACGAACCCUUAAAAUCCUUUUGUAGUUUUUUUUUUUUGAAAGGGAGAGAAGAUUUAAUGAGCAUCAAGACAACAACGGCGCGGUUGUUGAGACUGACUGUUUGAACUAAAUAGUACGUGUGCGCGAAUGUGAGUGUGAGCGUAUGUGUGAGUAUGUGUGCGCCAAUAGAUCCUCCCAGAGGAAGCGAACUAAACGCAACGUGGGCGCGUGACCUUACGUUGCUGCGCAGCCGUAAAUGAAAAUAGAAACGCGCACAGCAUGCUGCACGCGGUGUCGGAUUGUUUUUUUGUUGUUGUGUUGUUGUCGGGAAAUGCGCGGGUGCGUCCGACCUGAGCUAAGUAUGAUAGCGCCGAGACAAAGAUUAAGCAAAACCAAGUGAAGCGGACGGGAAUUUAGUUAGACCGCGUGUCAAGGAGCGGAAACCAAUUUUAUAAUCGAAAUCUAAAACUGCCGACCAACGGGGUCUGGUAGCGGGUGAGAAAGAAGAAGAAAACUUAAAAAAGAGUAGAUAGGCGCAUUAGUACGCGCAAAAGUGUAUAUAGAACUUUCCACUUUUCUUUCCAUUUUACUUUGCCCGAGCCGGUAAGCCGACGAAUCCUAAAAUAAAGACAAACGGAAAACAUAUAUCUUA